UUCUGUGACUUCGGUAGCGUGCUGCAAGAUAACCUACGGGACCAAUUAGUGUGCGGGAUUACUAGUGACGCGAUUCGACAAAGGUUAUUUGCGGAUAAGAAACUCGAGUUUAGUAAGGCGGUGUUAAUAGCGACAACAAUGGAGUCCGCGGAGAAAGAUUCCAGUGCGGUGGAAUCUCAGGCGAUAGGGAUUCACUACAAUGCCAGCCAAAGUGGUAAAAAACAGUGUACGGCGUGCGGUGACACGAGACAUGAACGGUUCGCGUGCAAAUUUAAAGACUACGUGUGCGACACGUGCUCACGUGUCGGUCAUCUGCGGCGUGUGUGCCCCGACAAGGAAGGGCACAGAGCUAGGGCGAGACCUGCGGCGACUAAGAGCUGGGGAGCGGGCCAGGAGUACGUGAGUGGCUCGGGAGGCCGAGGCUACAACGAGAGGGCGACGACCGGGCGCGGAGGCGGCACGGCGGGCAGGAGGCGGCGAGGCGCGCGCUCGGGCGCGGCGCCCGCGCGCCAGCACCAGCACUGCAUCCGCGACCACCCCGGCGCCGGCCCCGCCGAGGCGGCGGCGGCUUGGCGCGACGACGGCGGCGAGGGCGCGGGCCCUGGCCGACGCGCGGACAGCGACGACGAAUGGCCGAUAUAUCAAAUGGGACUUAGUCAAUACCCACCGGUUUAAAGAUGUGUUCGACGGAACCCUGGGUUGC